ACAACAUGAAUGGUCUUGUUUUCAAGCACAAAGGAAAACGAGUUGACUUAACUGCGGCAUUUCGGUUGCAAAUGACUUAAAAUUACAGUAACAGUCGCAACUUUGAAUCAAGGAAGUCAGUAUGCCCGGUAGUAAGAAAGCAAGUGAAUGUGGCUGGUUUUACCAUGCUCCUGCCCGGACAGCCUCGCAGUCUGACGAGCCUGCCCCUGCUCCGGCACCCUCACAAAUUCCAGGCCUGAGUGAUCUCCCUUAUGAGGAGGAACAACCACGACUGACAAACCUCCGUGACACAGAUACCAAGUACAUCAGGCUGGCAAAGCAAGGUGGAAGACCAGACCUAUUACAGAUGAAACAGUUUCCAUCUCCACCUAAGGAGGCACAGGGCUACCCACGAUGCGAGUGGUUUUACUUACAGGAUAAUGCCGCAUCUGAUGCUGCUGAAAAGCCAGAAGAAAAGCCUUACGAGUUUAAACUACCAGAGUACAUGGUGCAUCGGCCAAGACAACAGCCUGUCGACUUUGAGGCUCAUGAUGGAUCAGAUCCAAACAGCCGAUACAACAAACGGGCCCCUUACGCCUUUGACAAACUAACUACCUAUGAAAGAGAAGGGGAAUCGGCUGCGGAUAAAAUGUCCAUGAAAAUCCCAGAGGCCAAGAAAUAUGGCUACGGUGUACGGCAGGGCAAGAAAGUAGUGCUGAAGAAAACAGGGCCAGCUCCGGAGAGAGUGAAGCCUGUGACUACCUCCCAGGUAUCCUCAAUGGAUACAAAACCUAAAUAUCAGGCUAUGCCUGAACCUAAAGAUUUGGGUCAAUCUGGUACUGUGAUGAGCACACUGCUGUCUUACGGCUACGAGAGAGAGUGGCACGACAGACUGAAGAGGUGGCAGUCCAAGCAGGAGCAGGCACGAGAGACACUGGCGAUCAUGAGGAGCCCUGAUGGCCCUCCCACAGGGGCCUUGAAUAAAAGGAUAGACUCGGGCAAAUCCAGAGAUGAAGAAGAGUUGUUUAAGCUUAGCAGAUUCAAGAAUGUUCCCCCACGAGUGGACGACCGCCAAAAACCAGAGCUGUUAAAGUCGGCCGCUGUUCAUUAAAUGGUGCAUGCAGUUGCCUCCCCUUGAUUGUAUUCACUCUUCACAGUAUUACAUCGUUUUCACUCAAAACUGUUUGAACACAGAAGUAUUGAAGUUAACUCCGAGGAAGACGCAAGAUGUGCGUUUGAUAAAAUCAAGUGCUCUGAUAUCCGACGAUUGUUUUAUUAUCAUUAUGAUUUAUCAUGUUGACCUGCGUUUGGGGAAUCAAGGGAGACAAUCGUUUAAUUGUUAGCGUGUUAGCUUGCGUUGCACAUACAGGACGUACGUGUAUAUGUAAUUCGUUAAGUCGUCUUUGUAUUUUACACAGGCUUCGAAGAAUAUUUUUCGCAAUAUUUGAAUAUCCACUUUUUAAGACGGUAUACACAGAUGUAUGUAUAUUCUCAGUAUGGCCUGUACUUAUAUGUUAACCACUGUGUAGAUAUAUAUAUAUUUAUAUGUACGCUUGUUUUUUUUGUGAUGGCGAAAUAAAA